AUGGUGGAUGAACCCUUGACCUCACUUUUGUCCUUAUCUGCGGUGUCGGGGGAUAUGGCCGAGACGUUGAAGGCUGAGGAUAAGAGAUCGGAAUUGACGUUCCGCAGGACACAUCAGGCGGCAGCGUGGGUGUGGGAAGUCACCACCACAGACUCCUGGGUCCUCCGAACCAUCCGAUACGGCCUGUCCCUGGAAUUUGUGUCCAACCCGCCAGGGCGCUUCAUUUCUUGCCCGCAAUUGAAAAAUCCAAUCAAGAAGGAACUCAUGCACGAGGCCAUUCGAUAUCUCUUGGGGAUAAGAGCCAUAGAACCAGAAAUUCAAGAUGCAAACGUUCCAGUCCAUCUUGGCCAGCGUAAGGAAGGGAGAGUUCCUGACGUCCAUAUCCCCAUCCUCCCUGAUCAUCGUCAGUUCCUCAGGUUCUGUUAUAUGAGCCACCAUUACCAGUACAGAGCCCUGCCGUUCAGCCUCUCAUCGGCUCCAAGAGUGUUUACCAAGAUCCUGGCGGUGCUUGGCGCACAGUUGAGACUGGUGCCAGUACGCAUUCAGUGCUAUCUGGACGACAUUCUCAUCCAGUCGCCCUCCUUUCCGGCCGCCCAGUUGGAUCUGGCGUUAUCGAUCAAGACCCUCCAAGAUCAUAGGUUCUCGGUGAACUUUCAAAAGAGCCAGACAGUUCCCUUGACCCGCCUCCUACACCUAGGGGUGGUCAUAGACACAGACCAUUGCCAGGUCUACCUGUCUCGGGAAUGUAAGGACAGCAUCCGAGCCCUGGUCCGCAAAGUCCGCAGGGAGCAUGUGGUGACACUGGCCGUGCUUUCCCAGUUGCUGGGAAAGAUGAUAUCCUGCAUCGCAAUAGUGCCUUGGGCCAGACUGCACUCCAGGAACCUCCAAUGGUUCUUGCUCCCAUUUCAAAGAUUAGGCACCAGCUCCUCCAACCAAAGGGUCGCCUUCCUGGUAGCCAUUACAUCACCCAGGCGAAUCUCUGGGCUGGCAGCGCUUUCUAUCAGGGAUGACCUAUGCGUUUUUCAUCGGGACCGGGUGGUCCUUCAUUUGGAUCCUACCUUUAUUCCCAAGGUCAACACCCUGUUUCAUAGGGAUCAGGAAAUUGUACUGGCAGAUUUUUGCCCUAAUCCGUCUCAUGACUUGGAACGUCAGUGGCAUGCACUGGACGUCCGCAGGGUGUUGCGCUAUUACAUCAAGCGGACGGCGGCCUUUCGCAAUUUCGCUGAUGUCUAUACUGAUAUCUCAUUGUCAUUUUUUAAUUUUUCCUAUCCAGGUCUAGUUCAACGAUGUGUUAUUAUUCAGCGGGAUGAAAAUGGAUUUGGGUUAACAGUCAGUGGUGACAACCCAGUCUUUGUACAAUCUGUCAAAGAAGAUGGAGCAGCCAUGCGGGCUGGGGUUCAAACUGGUGACCGAAUCAUUAAGGUGAACGGAACUUUGGUAACACAUUCCAACCAUUUAGAGGUGGUUAAGCUGAUAAAGUCUGGUUCCUAUGUAGCGCUCACUGUGCAAGGGCGCCCACCUGGGUCGCCCCAGAUUCCACUGGCUGAUUCUGAGGUGGACUCAGCUGCCUUUGGGCAUAUGUCUCCCAUCAUGACAUCACCGCACUCUCCUGGAUCAUAUGGAAAUGCAGAGAGAAUUACCAGUCCAGUGCUGAUGGGGGAGGAAAAUAACAUUGUUCACAGCCAGAAAGUAGAGAUUUUGAGGAAGAUGCUGCAGAAAGAACAGGAACGACUACAGUUCCUGCAGGAAGACUACAACCGUGCUCCGGCUCCCCGCCUGCUCAAAGAGAUCCAGGAAGCGAAGAAGCACAUCCCUCAGCUGCAGGAACAGUUGUCCAAAGCAACAGGCUCUGCUCAGGAUGUCGUUUUGUCUUCCAAAUCUGUAUCCGAGUCUUUGCAGAUCACUGAGGUGGAAGCUGAGAGAGGGGAUGGACAAAACAAAGCAGACUGUCAUUUUGGUGAUGGCCCCCAAGUGAAUGACGCAGCAGAGAGUCCUCGGAGUGUCUUGAGAGAGCAGAGCUAUCUGGAUGACAGCCCAGAGAAGACUGAGACUCAUGAAACAGAUUCUCCAUCCAGCCUUGGAAGCCCUUCCUCUCGUGUGGCACCUCCAAUCAUAGGAGCAGAAGAUGAUGACUUUGAUGGUGAACAAGAACAGAUCAAUGGGCAGUGUAGCUGUUUCCAGAAUAUAGAGCUACUGAAAUCACGUCCUGCUCACCUGGCUGUCUUUUUGCAUCAUGUCAUCUCCCAGUUUGACCCUGCUUCUUUGCUCUGUUACCUGUUUGCAGACCUGUACAAACAAACAAAUUCCAAAGAGACUCGUCGAGUGUUUGCUGAAUUUAAUCAAUUUUUUCUGGAUCGAGCUGCAAAUCUGAAAGUCCCAGUUCCAGAUGAAAUUGCAAGUGAUUUAGAAAAGAGAAGGCUGGAAUUAAUUCCUGAAGAAUUGCACCGCCAUUGUAUUCAAGCUAUGCAAGAAAAAGUGUCUCUCGAAGUACAAAAGCACCUUGAAGAUUUUAGACAGAAACGCAGCAUGGGUCUCACCCUGGCAGAGGGAGAAUUGACCAGGCUGGAUGCAGAACGUGUUCGGGACCGGAUGACCUUAGAGAAGGAGAGAGCGUGUGCAGAGCAAAUCCUGACCAAAAUUGAAGAUGUGCUGAUGUCAUCUCAGCCUCUAGAAGAAGAUAAGAGUUCAGCUAUACAGUAUGUUAUUCUCACCUACAUGAAGCACCUUGGUGUACGAGUCAAAGAACCCCGGAACCUAGACCAAAAACGGGGACGGAUUGGAUUCCUGCCAAAGAUAAAGCAAAGUAUGAAGAAAGAUAAGGAAGGGGAUGAAAAGAAGAGGAGGGUCUUCUCAAAUAUCCUGGGACCGCCAAGGAGGCCGAGCCGCCAUGACAGCUAUGCAAUAGGCAGAGCCAUGGAGAUACAAAAACAGCGCCAUCCAAAGCACUUAUCCUCAUCAUCUUCGGUCAGUCCGGAACCACCAGAUUUGGUCAAGAUGCGCCAAAGCGGGAUCAGUGAUGGCAUGGAUGCAGCCUUCCAGCCUGCUAACUUUGUAUCUCCAGCAGCUUCUGGAACGUUUCCAUCUCAGGAAGGGAGCAAAGAUGGCGAAACAGGGCCAAAACAAGUUGGAGAAACAGUUAAUUCUGGUGAUUCUGUGGACGGUACCCCUUGUACACCUAGCGUCAUAUUUGAUUUUCCAUCUCCUCCCCUGGACCAUUUGCAAGAAGAAGAAGGAGAAGUUGAUAGGUUAGGAGAAUCAGGGACUCCAAAACCUUUCCGCAAGGUGGACAGUGUGAGUGCUGGGGACAUCCAGAGUGAAGACGAACUUUUUGAUUUUGACAUGGAGACAGACCAGCCCAACUGGCAGCAGCUGGUGAGCCGGGAAGUGUUGCUGGGCCUGAAGCCAUCUGAAAUUAAACGCCAGGAAGUGAUUAAUGAAUUAUUCUACACUGAACGUGCUCAUGUCCGUAAGCUGAAAGUCCUGGAUCAUUUGUUCUAUCAGCGUGUGUCCCGUGAAGGGAUUCUGACAGCUCCUGACCUGCGGAAAAUAUUUUCGAACCUGGAGGAUAUCCUCCAGCUUCAUACUGGACUGAAUGAGCAGAUGAAAGCAGUGAGGAAAAGAAACGAGACAUCUGUAACUGAUCAAAUUGGAGAAGAUUUGUUAACUUGGUUCAGUGGAGCAGGCGAAGAGAAAUUGAAGCAAGCCACGGCUACCUUUUGUAGCAACCAACCCUUUGCUCUUGAGGUGAUCAAAUCACGGCAAAAGAAGGACUCACGCUUCCAGACUUUCGUCCAGGAAGCUGAGAGCAAUCCACUGUGUCGCCGAUUACAGCUAAAAGAUAUUAUUCCCACUGAGAUGCAACGGCUCACCAAGUAUCCCCUCUUGUUGGAUAAUAUUGCAAAAUACUCAGAGCAACCUUUAGAGAAGGAAAAAGUGAAGAAAGCAGCAGAUCAUUGUCGGCAGAUUCUCAAUUUUGUGAACCAAGCUGUCAAAGAAGCCGAGAACAAGCAGCAUUUAGAGGACUACCAGCGGCGGCUUGAUUUGUCCUACCUGAAGCAGGUGGAGGGCCCUUUGCUGGAUGAAUUCAGGAAUUUAGAUCUAACCAAGAAGAAAAUGAUUCAUGAAGGGCCUCUGACUUGGAAGGUGAAUCGUGACAAAACUAUUGAUCUCUAUACGUUGCUCUUGGAAGAUAUUCUGCUAUUGUUGCAGAAACAAGAUGACAGAUUAGUGUUGAGAUGUCACAGCAAGAUCCUGGCCAAUACUGCCGAUAGCAAGCACACAUUUAGCCCCGUUAUUAAAUUGAACACUGUCUUGGUUCGCCAAGUGGCCACAGAUAAUAAAGCAUUCUUUGUUAUUUCCAUGUCGGAAAAUGGAGCCCAGAUUUAUGAACUGGUGGCACAGACAGUUUCUGAAAAGACAGUAUGGCAGGACCUCAUAGUACAGAUGGCAGGAACCGUCAAAGUUGGAAGAGGCAGAAAUGUAAUUCCGUUGCCACAAUCAGGACCGUGCGAGGAAGACCAUGAGGAAGAAGAUGACCAGCAUAAAUUGAAGGAAGAACAAACUACCCCAGAUAGCAGCAAGCAAAGUCCAGAUAAAGAUUUGGGGCUAAAGACUCCGUCUCCAUCAGUAAUGAUGUCUGAGAAGUCAGAGGAGGAGGAAGAACUUCUGGAAGCCAACAAGCAGUUUGGAGAAAAACUAUCAGCAGACUUGCUGAUCAAAGAAUCACCGGAACAUUACAGCCAAUUAAGUCCAGAGCUCUCAUUCCAAGCUUCAGAAAAUCGAUGUGCAUUGGAUGCCCUAAGAAACUUGAGUUUAUUGAAGAAAUUACUGAUGCAGCAGCUUGGGAUGACUGAACAAGAGUCUGUUGAAGAUUGGCAGCAUUUUUCUGACCAUAGAAGAGGCCUGCCAGGGGCCCUUGAAGAGAACAUUGUCAAGAGAGGACUUCAGUACUCAGAUAAUGAUGACAAUACCCUGUCUGGGCCUAGAAGGACACCCAUGGGGACAAAAACAAAUGUCUUUGAACUUAGUUGUGAUAAAUGGCCUUCAAAUGAAUUGGUAUCCCCAGGGGACCCUGUGUUGAAUAGCAGGCAGUUGACGGACCCCUUGAGAACAAACCCAGAGCCCCCAACCAAGGAACUGGAAAGAGGAACAAGUGCUGCUGAAGAUGGUGGGGAGCACUUUUUUGAUGCUCAGGAAGCUCACAGUGAUGAGAACCCAUCAGAAGGUGAAGUGGUAGAUAAGAGGAAGGAGGUAGAAGAGGUGCAGCUACGGAUCUCAGGAAAUUAUUUGAUCCUUGAUGGAUAUGGCACAGUACAGGAGAGCUCCACCGAUGAAGAGGUAACUUCGCUAGUUCUACAGUGCACUGCAGACAAAAGCACAAUGGACUCUGCCCGCCAGCAACCCGGGUCAGGGGAUGCCCAGCCAGUUACAGCCAGCUCACCAUUUGCAGAGGAAUUACUGGCCUCCCACUGGCAAGCUGCAAAGGAAUCCAGUUCAGAUGCGUUAAGGGCUUCCUUCUCUGUCGAGUCGCGUACCCUGAUGAUGCGUUACAUCCAGAACAUAGAGGCCAGCCUUCAACAUUUGAAGGAAGUGGAGGAAAACUAUGCUGCUCUUCUUCAACAUAGGCUGGCUGGCUCCAUCACCACGGAGGAGCAUUUGGAUAAAAGUUAAUCACCUUCUUGCCA